CAGCUGUGGGGAACGGAGUCUUUACUACACAUCACACGUUCUGCAUUCUCUCUGAUUCACUGAGGAUGGACAAGGACAGGAGUCACAGGACUGAGAGGAUAAUAAAUAUCACCCUGGAGAUCAUCUACCUGCUGACUGGGGAGGAUUACACAAUAGUGAAGAAGACAUCCAAUGAGUUUGAGACACCGAGCAGCCAUCCCCAUGUAUCAGGAGGACUGAGUAGAAUCCAGAGCUCCAUCACGGUGCCUCCACCUCACUCACUGACACAUGAGAGACACAAUGACAAGAAGAUCCUGGAACUCACCAACAAGAUCAUUCAGUUGCUGACUGGAGAGGAGGUUGAGUAUAUAGAGGAACACAGGGGUCUGUACAAGGACGUGAUGAUGGAGAAUCACCGGCCCCUGACAUCACUGGAUGGGCCCAGUAACAGAGAUACCCCAGAGAGAUGUCCCCGUCCUCUGUAUUCCCAGGAUUGUACAGAGGAGAAUCACAGGAUCCCACAGGAGGAUAAUAUUAAAGUCAAAGGUACAGAGGGAGAAGAAGAGACGUAUGUGACUGAUAUGAAGGCAGAAGAUAUAGAGGAAGUAGAGACGUAUAAAAUGUCACAUUUCCAUAAUGUCUUUUAUUUCCAGCAGAUGGACACACAAGCAGGAAUAUCACAGAAGGACAUCUAA